UGAAUAUUUACAUUUAGGCUGAAGUUGUGUCUUCGAUUAAAAGUGAUAAUUAAGAUUCUUAUGAUACAAAAAUGUGUUUAUUUUCUGUAUUCUUGUUAUGAACUGAUACGGAUUUACUGUUAGUGUUCGCUAUUGUUGCUUUCUUUCGAAAGCUGAAGUAAAUUGCUAGACAGCGCUUUUAAGUUUCACACGUGUUGUGAUGGAUGUCAGCGGAAAACUGUCGGCAAUAUUGAGCGAGGACGGCAAUUUGGGAAAAGCAUGUCAUGAACUUGCAGCAGACAUAAAAAAACAUCAUAGUCGCCUGCUGGAAGUGGUCGAAGGACUUCAUGAUCCACUGACCGAUACAAGACCCAAUAUAAGAGAGAGAGGUGUCCGAAUUCUUGUGGACGUUCUUCGUCUGUUGCCAGGUGACUUUUUGACGGAGAAUGAACUCUCUUUCCUUCUUAGAUUCUUCACAGACAGACUGAAAGAUCACCAUUCUAUUGUACCUACGGCUCUACGAGGAAUUUUCACGAUUUUACAGAUGCACAAUGUGCCUGCCAAGCUGCCAGAUUACCUUCUGAUUGAAAUGAAUCAGCAUGUUAGUUGUCAAACUCAGUUGCAAGCUGAUCGAUUCACUAUAUAUAAUAUCAUCAGCCAGUUAGUGAAGGUAUACCCAAAUGAUCUUAAGCAACUGGGACCAGACUUCAUUUACCAGGUUAUUUCAAAUAUUGAUGGUGAAAAGGAUCCUCGUAAUCUUAUGUUCCUGUUUGGAAUGAUGCCUAAUUUUUUGAAGACAUUUUCUUUGGGUCACUUGACUGAAGAAAUGUUUGAUGUUUUUUCGUGCUAUUUUCCCGUCGACUUUUAUUCUGCUACCAGCAGUCCUUCCUCAGUCACUCGUGAGCAGUUAGCUGUAGCACUUGCUUCUUGCUUGACUGCUGUAGCGGAUUUCUCAGAAUUUUGUUUUCCUCUGAUAUUUGAGAAGUUGGAGUCUACUCGGAAAGAAGCAAAGCUGGAUUGCUUCUAUUUACUUAAAACAGGAUUUUCCAGUUUUCCUAUUUCUUCUAUAGAACCAAACUUACCUGUAAUAUGGAGAAACAUUAAAUCUGAAGUGCUGCCAGGGGCAGAUAAGGAUAUCCGUGAAGCUGCUUUAGAAGCACUACGUGCCCUGCUACACAGUUUGUCAGUGUCUCCUCUCAACAGGGAAUAUGCAGCGCUGCUUACACAAGUUGUACAGGUUGUGAUAAGAGAUUCUCUACCAUCGCUGAAGGAAGUGGAGAUGAAUGCAUUUUUGCCGUCUGUCCAAUUGUUGCUGUGUGUCGCCGAAGCAUCAGUGCCAUCGUGUAUUCAGGUUGUUACUGAGAUUACACCAGUUCUUCAAACACAGUACUACAGAGAUCAGACUUUUACUGAAAAAGCACUUGUGUUGCAAACUAUAACGAAUUUUCUUAAUGUCUGCAAUAACAAAGGCCUGGUAUCAGAAGAAGCAGAAGAACUGCUGCAAAUUCGUAGAGAUUUGUGUUCCUUAUAUUUAGAUGCAGUUGUGACAGAAAAUGAAGAGAUGUUAGUCGAAGCUCUUUGUGGACUGAGUAUUAUUAUUAACUGUUUAGAUAGUAAUAGCCGCUGUAAGCUGUAUGACAUUUUAGCUGGUUGCCUCAAACAAUCGAAAAAGAAAAAGUUAAGACUUGAAGCCAUUACGUGUUUUAAGAAACUGGCCAAAAUACAUACAGAAGAGAUUAUGAGUAACAUGGUUAACUGUAAACUUCAAGUCUUUGAAGGUGGUGGGGAUGCAAAUUUUGAUGAUGUUUAUGAGUGCUGCCAAUUUGCUUUGUGUGAAAUUGCAGACAUAGAAUCAUUUACAACAUUUAUUGUACCACGGUUCUUAGACUUGGUGGUUGGUUCACAUGAUUUCAAGAAACGCCUUGUGGGAAUCAGCUGUUUGAGAAAGCUUGUGGAAGUCCCUGAUGAUGAAUCACGGAUACAUAACUUUCUCUAUGAGCAGUGUGAUGUUGUGUCCUGUUUAGUCUUGUGGUGCUUCCAAAAACUGCAAGAGGAGGACUUUGUCAAUGAUUCGCAAUUUGUAGACCUUUUGAGAUUAAUUGCACAAGUACUGGAUUGUGUCAUGCGGAGACAAAUGUCAAGUGUUCAAAGUGAUGUGGUAUCACAAUUUGUUCCGUGGUUCCUGAAUCCUGAAGCUUAUGUUAAAAGUGAAAAGCCAGUUUUUCCACUGAAUCCUGCAUCUCCUGCCAGUCAGACACAGCUGGUAAUUUUAUUGGAAGGACUUAUGGGCUCUGUGAGACAGGAUGUCAGUUUACAAUGCAGAGAGGAGCUGAUAAACAUUCUAACAUUGUUGAGCAUAGAAACAAAUCAUAUACAUACCCACAGAUCAGCAAGCCGUCUCAUUGGAAAUCUUAUAAAUAAAGCUCCAAAUGAUCAAGUGUUGAAGGAGUGUUUGUUGAAAAUUUAUGAGAAAGUGACAAACAGCAUAAAUAAUGGCACAUGUAAUCUAAUGAAAAAAGUUAAUGCUGUGUGGCUAAUGAUCUGGGUAACUAAAGCACUUAUUAUGAGAGAUCAUGAAGAUGCUGGUAAUUGGAUCUCUUCUCUCAUAGACACACUUCAUGAUGAUUCAGUGUCAUCAGAGACAGCUAGUGGAUUUGAAAUCAUCAUGAAAGAAAAUGAAGAGUUUUUCACACAGUACAACUUCUGCAACAUAAGGUUGUUGUUUAGGCAGCAUGUGUUUGUAGUAGCACAGGUGAAACUUUUUGAAAGCCAUCACAAUGCAGUCACUGUAACUUCCAAAUGUAACCAUUUAUUGUCACUAAUGCACAUCUUACAAGAAGUACCACGUCAAGCAUUACUGGCUGACUUACCAAAGGUAAUUCCAUUACUUGUGGAAUCUCUCAGUCAGCAGAAUUUGACACUGUUGCUCUCCGCCUUGGGAACCCUUUGUACUUUGCUUGAAGAAAGAGAGAAGGAUAUUAUUGACUAUUUGAACACAUUUGUUACUAAAUUCUUACUGUUAAGUCAGUUUGAACAAUCGAUGAGAGUUCGUAUUAUGGCGUUGCAGUGUCUUUAUCACCUCUGCUUCUACCCAACGGAAUCCCUAUUGCCAUACAGAAAUCAGGUUGUGAGAGAACUGUGUAAGUGUCUGGAUGAUAAGAAGAGACUUGUUAGAGCUCAGGCUGUGAGAGCUCGCUCCAGGUGGUUCUUGGUUGGAGCACCAGGUGAACCAAGUAAAUCGUGAUUGCUGAGUGCAUUUCAAGAAUGUGAUUUUAAUCUUUUUAAGGACUUACUUUGUACAUGUGAGGAAAACUCAGAUUUUUGUUAUCUUUUUAUUUUAUGUUGGAAAUAAUUGUUAGUAUUGGUCUCUUUUUUAGUGACCAUUAUUUGUUGCUCAUAUUUGCUGUAAAAUUGGUAUUUUAUUGCCAGUGUUGUAUGAUAGUAAAAAAUAUUUUCCAAA